UCUCUGAGUGUGGCUGCUCUGGGAGCUCCCCACACCUUGUGUUAUUUAAUCAGUCCCUUCCCGUGGUGCCAUUCUCAGCAUCAGCUAACUGCCAUCCCUGGUAGAAGAGGAGCUACAAUUUGUCGAGGACUUCAAGACCUGAGUUGUCCCCAGGGUCGUUUAUGUGACAAGCAGAACAAAUACAGGAACAAUCUCCAGACAUGUUCUGCAGAUGUUUUUCCUUCUUUGGUCUGUGUCUUUUCCUUCCAACCCAAAGGAGCUCUCUGGGCCACGGAUCCAGCCUGCAGGACAGGGGCACGUCCCUCCCUGGAUUUGAGAACCUCACCCUGGGCUACAACAAAUACCUCCGGCCCAACUUCGGUGGAGAACCUGUACAAAUCACAAUGAGUCUGGACAUUGCAAGUAUUUCUAGUGUAUCUGAGAGUGACAUGGAUUUCACAGCCACCCUGUCCCUGCGGCAGCGCUGGACCGACCCUCGCCUGGCGUUCCACGGCAACAGGAGCUUCACGCUGGAUGCUCGGCUGCUGGAGCUGCUCUGGCUGCCAGACACUUACAUCGUGGGCUCCAAGAGCUCCUUCCUGCACCACGUCCCCGUGGGCAGCCGCCUGCUCAGGCUCUUCUCCAACGGCACUGUCCUCUAUGCCUCGAGAAUCACUACUACUGUUGCCUGUAACAUGGACCUGUCAAAAUACCCUAUGGACACACAAACAUGCCGACUGCAGCUAGAAAGCUGGGGCUAUGACGAGAGCGAUGUCACCUUCUCGUGGCUCGGGGGCAGCAGCUCCGUGCGCGGUUUGGACGAGCUGCGGCUGGCGCGGUUCCGGCUGCAGCGCUACCGCACCCUGCUCGCCAGCUCGCAGCACGACACAGGCAGUUACUCACGACUCAUAUUACAGUUUGAACUGAGAAGAAAUGUCCUUUACUUCAUUCUGGAGACCUACGUGCCCUCCACUCUGCUCGUCAUGUUGUCCUGGGUUUCCUUCUGGAUCACCCUGGACUCGGUGCCUGCAAGAACCUGCAUUGGAGUUACAACAGUGCUUUCUAUGACAACUCUGAUGAUCAGCUCACGAAGUUCCCUCUCAAAAACCAACUGUUUCAUUAAGGCCAUUGAUGUUUAUCUCGGCAUCUGCUUCAGCUUCAUCUUCGGUGCCCUUGUGGAAUAUGCAGUGGCUCACUACAGCUCAUCACAGAAGUGUGCAGCUCAAGUGCCACGGGAGGGGCCUGCAAAUGACCUGACUGAAGAAAUGGAAGAAGUUAACAUCACCAACAUCCUCAACAAUUCCAUCACCAGCUAUAAACAGAAAAUCAGCUUCACAAGCAUUGAGAUUUCCAGCGAUAAUGUUAACUGCAGUGACUUGACCAUGAAAAGUCACGAGAAAAUCAAAUGUGUCCUGAGAAACAAAAUGCACAGGAUUAUUGGUUAUUUCACAAUUCAGAACCCUGGCAAUGUGGACCACUACUCCAAAUUGCUUUUCCCUUUGUUUUUCAUGGUGAUCAAUGUAUUUUAUUGGACUUAUUAUCUAUAUUUUUAGU